AUGAAUAAUUAUGAUAAAUCAGCAAAAUAAAGAAUAGCAAUUGAUAUUCUUAAAUAAUAUUAUUCAGAAUCAUCAACCUAAUUCAAUAGAGAAUUAGAUUCGAUGCAAUUGAGAUUGGAUUAAUCAGAAAGAGAAAAAUAAGAAGCGAUGAAACAAUUUCAUUUAUUAAGUCGAAACUUAAAUUACAAUAAUGAGAGUCUAGAUUAUCAUAUAACUUAACAAAAUAAUAGAUUGUUUAAAACUGCUAAAUAUGCAUUAAAUGGAUAUGAAACUUAAUCAUUAAAUUAAGAAUCACAAUAUUUAUAAGAAUUACCUUAUAUAUCAACAAAUGUGGCAAAGCCUAAAAAAGAACCAAGUGUUUAAACAGUUAUAAUAAAAGGUUCAAAAGUAAUGGAUGAACAAUCUAAAAUCUUUUUCUAGGAAGAAAAUAAUAUUCACUCAUAGAGUAUUAUAAAUAUAAUGAAUGAUCUAAGUUUUCAUAGAAGAGUAUAAACAACUUAAGAUAGGCCUGCUCAAGUUGUAGAAAUAGUAAAAUCUAAACCUUAUAAAACUGAAGGUCAAUCAGCUUCUGUUUCAUUUACAAAAGAGAUCUAAAAAAAUGAACCUUUAUUAUUGGAGUAAUAAUAUGAACGAAUUAAUCAUAUUGAAUUUAAUCAGAAAGAAUAAAUAAAUAAAGAUGAAAAGAUCGAUAUCAAAAUUGAUGAUUUAUUACAAGAAAUUUAAGAUUUGGUUGGUAAUGGCUCUAAAAAUCUAGAAUAGACAUUAAUAUCAUAAAAAUUGAAAAACUAAACAGAGAGAAAUAAUAUAUAAUUAGUUCUAGAUAAAGGAGAGAAUUUUAAACCAGUUUCAUUAUUAAAUACUUAAAUAAUUUUAAAAGAAUCUAAAUUAUUAGAUAGUAGAGUAAAAGAAGAAAAUUUAAACAAUUUAGAUAAAUUGAUAUUAGAUUUGUGUAUUUGA